AUGGACGACGCUAUUUCGCUAGAUACAGACCAAAUACGAUCUUGGCGAUCCAUUAUCACGCUCGUUGUUUUCAUCCUUACCAAUAUUAAUGUGCUCUUCCCAUUUCAUAUCCCUUUCUACCUUCCCACAAGAGUUUGGCGCUUAGUUGUUGGCACGUUGAUUCAUCUUCGAGUCAUACCGCCUAGGCACAAUGCGCCUGAGGGUGAAACAGCCGACGAUGAACAAAAUGGCAAGCUGAAGCCAUGGAUCAGGUUCCAAUUUCCCAUGAACUUUGUCACCGCGCCACUAAUCGCGGAUCUCUUUCUGCUUGCAAUCUCGGCAAUUGGCCGAAAGGAAGUUCAUGAUGGAACCCUCGGGGCCGACAACAUUUCUCCCAUUGACAUCAUGGCAUUCUUCCUUACUUUGGCGUACAUUGCCAUUUCUAUUGAUGCGUCGGGGUUGAUUCGAUAUCUUGCGUUCAAGGUACUGCAAUGGGGCGGCAGAAUCGGCCACCGGCUUUUUUUCCUCCUCUACGCUUUCUUCUUUCUAAUUGGCAGUUUCAUUGGCAACGAUCCCAUCAUUUUAUCCGGCACGGCUUUCUUGGCCUACAUGACCAGAGUGUCCAGCAACAUCGUCCACCCUAGAGCUUGGAUUCAUACCCAGUUCGCCGUCGCAAAUAUUGCUUCUGCGAUCCUCGUUUCGUCAAACCCAACCAACCUGGUUCUCGCUGGGGCCUUCAAGAUCAAAUUCAUCAACUACACCGCCAACAUGAUAGUUCCUGUAGUGGUGACUGCGACUGUGCUCUUUCCCUUUUUGCUCUACAUUGUGUUUGCUAACGAGUCUUUGAUCCCGUCUACUAUCAAGAUGCACGAGUUGCCACUAGAGGCUCGAGGGAAGAAGCCGGUCAAUCCUAAUAUUCCUCACGCUCGCGGACAAAUGGAAGAAGAAGAAAACAGCCUCGAAAAUGAUGAGCAGGUCAAACUACUUUCACUGGAAGAGAUUAUGAAUCCCUUCCUGGACAAGGGCGGUGCUGCAUUUGGUGCCGCCAUUAUGGCGGCUACCCUUAUCACCGUAUUAGUUCUCAACGCCGUAAGCACAGGUACCGAUGCGCGCCCUGUCUUCUGGGUGACACUCCCAGCCGCGUUUGUUAUGUUUUGCUGGGAUCUCGGUUUCGGCUGGUAUCAUCGUGCUGAAACCCGGCAAAUUGCUCGCAACGGUAGACAGGAACUUGAAAACGCGCGUGCGGAGAGGGUGUUGCGGGAGGAGCAGCCAGCAUUACCACCAGUAGCUCAAGCAACUGCGAAUGGCUCUAUCAUGAAUGAGAUUGAGAGACAAGGCUCGAUUCCUGGUGGGUUAUUGGAAACUGAGAAACGCGGGCCAGCUGCAACUACGCCUUUGCCUCCGGCCAUUCUUGUUUCUGAGAAUCCAGACGGCGCAGCGAUCAGAACCAGUUCUUCAUCCGAAUCCCUUCAAGCGACGUCAACCUCCAUCCCUGAGCGGGCCAACGGAGGGAAUGCCCCGUAUGACGAAAAGAGCGCAGCCCUCUUCCAAUCGGCAGACGGACAAGCGAUGGCUUUAUCCCCCACUCCAGACCUCCUCGUAUCAUCUAAUGGGGACGGUGAUGGCCCAAAACGCUCCUCCCAAGCACCGUCGUUUCGACCUGACAAAUGUCGGACGACUUUGGUUUCCCUCGCCAAAGGCGCCUUUCGCUGGGCCCAGGAAACUUUCCCUACCGCAGCCGCAGUUGUUCUCCAUUUGCCUUUCGCCCUGGUACCCUUUGCGUUCUCCAUGUUUGUGCUUGUACAAGCCUUGGCGACCAAGGGCUGGAUUCCCGUUUUUGCGUAUGGAUGGGACCACUGGGUGAGGAAGACUGGGACGGUUGGUGCUAUAGGCGGCAUGGGGUUUCUGUCCGUGGUUCUUUGCAACUUUGCCGGAACAAACAUCGGUACGACGAUUCUUUUAUCCCGCGUUAUUCAGACCUGGCAAGCGAUCAAUGCGGAAAACAAGACCGAAAUCAGCGACCGUACGUUUUGGGCUACGGUAUACAGCAUGGCUAUUGGUGUCAACUACGGCGCAUUCAGCACAGCAUUCAGCGCGUCAUUAGCAGGGCUUCUCUGGAAAGACAUUUUAUCCCGCAAACACAUUCAUGUUCGGGGGCUUGAGUUUGCUCGAGUGAACCUUCCUAUUAUUGCCAUUGCUAUGGUCGUGGGUCUUGCCGUCCUUACUGGGCAAAUAUACAUUGUCCGCGGCGACCAACCUUAUGAUCACACGUGA